AUGUUUACAAAUAAUUUAGAGAAUCAGCAAAAAAAGAAACAGGUUCAAUCGCGUAAUAACUUGGCUUCACAGUGUGAUGAAAAUUCAGUAACAUCACAAAAUUUGGUUUAUAAUAAAGAAACUGGUUUUACCGCUGCCGUUGUCAACCCAAUAAACCUAAAAGUCAAUCCAAACAUGAUUAUAUCGUCUAUUGCGAGAACUACAAAAAACAAUAAUACAUCAAUGUUAGCACCACAUGUUAAUAAUUACUUUUUAAGAAAGUUGAUUUCUACAAAUUCUACAACUACCACUACUGGUGGUAAUAUUGGUGCACGUAAAAGGGUAGCUUUAGACGAUGUUAGUAAUAUUAAUAAUGUACCAAAUAUAGUUACAAACACCACCAAAAUUAGAAGUGAUAAUGUCAUUUUACCUACAAAACGGCCAAUUCCUGCAAGUACAUCAACGGUGUCCACAACAACAACAAAUUUGAAAAAAAGGACUGCUGCGACUGUUGCACAACAACAACAAUUAAAAAAUCAACAAACCAGUAAUAACUGUGUUAAUGUUAGUGAUAAUGUAAUCGAAAAAAAACAAAAAAUUGAAUCAAGAGCUAAAAAAAUUGCAAACCGAAUAUUACCUACAACAAAAACUACAUCCACGACCACUAACGUAACUAAAUCUAAUGUUGUUAUUGAUCCAAUAUUUCCGAUAUUAUCUACAACUAUAGAGUCUGAACUUUAUGAAGCCGAAUUAGAAAAGGCCUAUGCAAAGAAAAUAAAAUCUCAAGAAUGGGAUGAUCUUGACCUCGCGGAAAUGAAUGAUCCCAUGAUGGUGGCAGAGUAUGCGGCGGAAAUUUUUGAUUAUUUGAAAAUUUUAGAAAAAGAAACAAUGCCAAAACACAAUUAUAUGGAAAGUCAACCAGAAUUAAAUUGGAAGAUGAGAACAAUUCUUGUUGACUGGCUUGUUGAAGUUCAUCACAAAUUUUGUUUAUUACCUGAAACAUUAUUCUUAACAAUCAACUUGGUUGAUAGGUUUUUAUCGGAUCGUGUAACCUCCAUGGUCAAAUUACAACUUGUAGGCAUUACUGCACUUUUUAUUGCUGCCAAAUAUGAAGAAGUUAUUUCCCCAUCCAUCAAAAAUUACAUCUUUAUGUCUGAAGAUGGCUGCACAGAAGAUGAAAUUCUCACCGCAGAACGGUAUUUAUUACAAACUAUUGAUUAUAAGUUGAAUUAUCCCAAUCCAAUGAAUUUCCUUAGACGUAACUCAAAAGCUGAUCAAUAUAAUGUUGAAGCUCGCACCAUUGCCAAAUAUUUAAUGGAGGCCACUCUUGUUGAUCAUGCUUUUUUAAUUUGUACUCCCUCCAUGAUUGCUGCAGCUUCAUUAUACCUUGCUCGUAUAAUGCUUAAUCGUGGUGAAUGGCAUGCAAACCUGAUUCAUUAUUCCACAUUUACAGAAGAGCAAAUUAUACCUUGUGCAAAAAUGAUUUUACAAUACCUGAUAAGAAAUAACAAUUAUGUUGAUAAUAUCUUUAAUAAAUAUCUUACCAAAAGAUUUAUGAAAGCAAGUCUAUUUGUAAGAAGAUGGGUGAUGAAAUAUGGAUUAAGAUAG